AUGGAUUUCUCACAGAAAGACGGUAAAAAAUCAAAGAAAAGUCAAGAAAAAGCAACAACCCCACAACCGGCGACAACCUCCAAGUUUCAACCCUCACUUCUAAACCCCGUCCAUCCGUCACAAGCACAAUCAGUUAUCAGCCCAAUAACAAAAAACACCUCGAUACCGGCACAAAGGGAAUUCGCAGUGGAGGAUGAUGAUGAGUUAGAAAUAGAAAGCCCUGCCAGAGAGCAACCGAAAAUUCCGCUGGAGCAGACGCUGCAGGAGCGCCUGUCUCCCCUGUCGGAAGUAUUCACGGGAGAGCAAUUGAAAACACUGUCAGCGGUGAUGGCCGCUUUGUCAGAGCUACCAGCUUCGCAGCAGCCAGGGUCAGUCGGCAGUCUAAGAAAGACCAGGUCGGCGGUCCCCCAGUUACCUGUUAGGGAUCUCCUAACGGCCCUGAAUCAAGAGAACACCCCAGAAAAAAGAAAGCGCUCGGAUCCGGCGGAAACAGAAUGGCCUGAAACAGAGCAAGUCCCCACCGCGGAAUAUGAACGAAGAGCGCCGGUUCUACAGAUAGCUAGACGGCAGACAAUCCAGCCAAAGGAUUCUCCCCUGUGCCGAGAAAUCCUAGAAGAAAGGAUGGAAAGGAUAAAAAUCCCGACAGGAAGAUACGAUGGGACGACAGAUCCGGAGGAUCACUGCACCACAUUCGAACAGCACAUGAUGCUGUACACUGAUUCUGAUGCCAUGUGGUGCAAAGUAUUCCCAUCCACACUCCUAGGAGUGGCAGCGAGCUGGUAUAAGGGCAUAGAGGCACACUCCAUAUACAGUUUCCGACAGCUGCAGGCGUCGUUUUUGUCACGAUUUGUGAGCAAACAGAAGAGAAAGAAAUCAUCGGGAGAGUUGAUGUCGUUCUCUCAAAGAGAUAGAGAGCCGUUAAGGGAUUAUCUCACCCGCUUUAACAACGAGUCAAUCACUAUUCCCAAUUUGCAGCAGGAGGUUGCUGUUCUGGCUCUUAUGAGGGGAAUGCAAGAGUGCGAAUUCAAGAAAUACCUCAGCCGGAAGUCAUACACCAAUCUGGGUGACGUCCUGCACAAGGCCAACGAGUACAUCAGGGGGGAUGAAAUGAUGAAGAUCUCCAAUGUGGUAGUGGCAACCGGCGGAAAUGUCGGGUACAAUCCAGGCUAUAACCCACAGACGGGAAAAGGAGGAAAAAAUUUUCAUCAGAGCAAUAAUCAGCAAGGGGCAGGCCAGAGAAACCAGAAUAACAGAAAUGCCAAUCCACAAGGGCAGAGAAGCCGGCAAGACAGAAGGGAGUCCAGAGGACUCUUUGAUAACUACACUCCGCUGAACACACCGCGGACGGCAAUUUAUAACAUAAACAACAAGAUGGAUGGCUGGAGAAGGCCGCCACCAAUGCAGAGUAGGGAAAGGAAUGUCAAGAAAUUAUGUGACUUCCAUAAUGAGCACGGCCACCUAACAGAGGACUGCAGAGACCUCAAAGACAACAUUGAGGAUAUGGUCAGAAAGGGGUAUUUCUCACAGUAUAGGGCAAGGCAGGGAAAUGGUAACAACAACUCCAUGGGAGGAAACCCUACCAAUUCAUACCGGCCACAACAGCAAAAUCAACAACAAUACCCUAGAAUCGAGCAACCAUAUCAGCCGCCUAGAAUCGAGCAAAAACAGCCGGAAACCAGUGCCAGAGCAGAACAUAGGGAUGGGGGGAAAAAACCACCCGUGUAUGUAAUUUCUGGCGGCCCAGUCCACGGAGGGACAAUAAGCGGCGCCAGUAGAAGCUUGGAGGAACACAGGCACAUGGUAAACUUUCAUAACACAAGAGUGUGGCCUAACCCACCCAGCAUACCAGUGAUGACAUUCUCGAAAUCGGAUUGCAGAGGCAUCAUUUUCCCGCAUGAUGACCCACUAGUUCUUACAAUUGAUAUAGCAAAUGCCGAUGUGAACAGAGUACUGGUAGACGGCGGCAGCUCAGCAAACAUCAUCUUCUGGGAAGCUUUCAAACAAUUGCACAUACCAGAGGACGAACUUCAAAGGGUAAACUACCCAGUAAUCGGUUUCUCAGGAUCUACAGUGUACCCAUAG